AUGAAACAAAACCUAACAUUUGCUACUCUUUGGCCAGAUGAUAAUGAUUUUACGUCAAUCGUUCAUCCACAUUGGCAUAAAUUUACUCAACCUGAUCCAUUGUAUUAUUAUCUAGUAGGAAUUUAUAUUGGUAUUGUUGGCAUAUUAGCAGUAAUGGGAAAUUCUUUGGUAAUUACAUUAUUUCUUUUAUGUAAACAAUUACGAACACCACCAAAUAUGCUUAUAGUUAAUUUAGCUAUUUCUGAUUUUUCUUUUGCACUUAUCAAUGGUUUCCCAUUAAAAACAAUCGCUGCAUUUAAUCACCGUUGGGGAUGGGGUAAAUUGGCUUGUGAGCUGUAUGGAUUUGCUGGUUCAAUAUUUGGAUUUAUUUCACUAACAACAAUGGCCUUCAUUGCUUUGGACAGAUAUUUAGUAAUUGUACAACCUUUUGAAACAUUUUCUCGUAUCACUUACGGGAAAGUUAUAGUUAUGAUUUUUAUCACAUGGAUAUGGUCAGCAUUGUGGUCAAUUCCACCAUUUUUUGGUUAUGGAAGUUAUAUACCCGAAGGUUUUCAUACAUCUUGUACUUUCGACUACCUAUCAACUGACUUACCGAACUUAAUAUUUAAUGCAGGAUUAUACAUAUUGGGAUUUCUUUGUCCUGUAUUUAUUAUAAUCUUCAGUUAUUAUCAAAUUGUUAAAACAGUUAGACUCAAUGAAUUAGAACUAAUGAAAAUGGCACAAUCAUUAGAUUUACAAAAUCCAUCGGCUAUGAAAACAGGUGAUAAGAAAGCAGAUAUUGAAGCUGCUAAAACGUCUAUUAUUCUUGUUUUUCUCUAUUUAAUGUCAUGGUCUCCUUAUGCCAUUGUGUGUUUAAUGACACUGAUUGGAAGUAGAGAUUCGUUAACUCCAUUCCACUCUGAACUCCCUGUGUUAUUUGCAAAAACAUCUGCUGUUUACAAUCCUAUUGUAUAUGCAGUCAAACAUCCUAAAUUUCGUAUGGAAAUCGAAAAACGUUUUCCAUAUCUUAUUUGUUGUUGCCCACCUAAACCAAAGGAGCGAUUGCAAAAUACAAUAGUAUCAAAAAUUCAAGUUUCACAGAUUGGAAUCCGUACCGUCAGCGGGGAUAAUGAAAAUACGUUGAACACAGUAAAACGAGAAGAUUAA